UUGUUAUUGCGCGGCCUUGUCUACGAUGCCGGUGGCUAACGCGUGAGAGAAGUUGUAAAAUAAAGGAUUGGUAUCAUAUCGAUAGAAAUGGCGGCUGCAGCCGAAAGGACGGAGCCUGGCGACAGUGAACAAGAUGAAGAGGAAGAUGUAUAUGAGGUGGAAAAGAUUAUAGACAUGCGAGUGGAGGAGGGAGAGGUGCUCUAUCGUGUGCGGUGGAAGAACUACACGUCCGACGAUGACACCUGGGAGCCCGAGGCCCACCUGGAUGCCUGCAGAGAGGUUCUGCUGGCCUAUAAGAAGACUGUGGCCGAGAGCAAAGCCAAGAAAGACACCACCAUGAAGCUGCCCAUGAAGAGCGACCUGUUCGACGCGGACUCUGAGAGCGAAAACGACCAAGACAAACCCAAAGAGUCGCCCACGAAGAAGAAAAAGAAAAAGAAGAAACAGUCAGAGGAUGUGGAAGAAGAGAUGCAAAUGAAAGAGAAGAAGAAAAAGAAAAAGAAAGAGAAGUGGAGAGAGGAUAAACCUCUUCCAGCCCCGGAAUCGGACGAAGAGGAACAAGCCAGGGUCCCCACACCUCCUCCUCCUCCUAAAAAAGAAAAAAUGCCCGAGAUUAAGAAAAGGGUUAUAGAGUCUGACGAUGAUGACGACGAUGACGAUGCGCCAAUCGCCCCGAAGAAACACAAGAAAGACAACAAGGCCAAAGACGGCGGGAGGCAGAAGAAAAAGAGGGUCAAAUCGAAACGAGAGAUCGACCUCUCGGACUACGAGGGGGAGAUGAGCGACGCGCCGUCCGAGACGCAAACCGACGACACUACGGCCACCGACAAUCUCGCCGAGCCUUCGCCAAAGGCCGCCGCCCCAGCCGCCACCGCGGCCGCAAAGUCCGCCGAGAAGUCUGCCGGUCGCCCUGAGGACGCGGGCGGUAAUUUCAAGGCUAAACAGAAAAAGAGCAAGACCGAACUGAAGCUGCAAGGCUUCAAAGAUCUGCUUCAGGAGAAGAAGGCCAAAAAACCGGAAGGUUCCACACCCUUGCUCAAAGAGAGCGGCCUGAGUAAACUCAAGAGCCUGACGAGUUCCAAGAGCCUGAGCAAAGCAUCUCGAAGUGAAGACGAGCGGGAUUCCAGUGACACCGGCACCCCUACGGUCACCCAUAAGUCAAAGGUCAAGUCUAAGGGCGUGGAGGUCACUGGGCCUCCGCAAAGGGUUUCAUCCGUGUCGUCCUCUGCUUCCUCGAGCUCGGCAGGUACCAGCAAACCCAGAGAGGAGGAGCCGAAGGAGGAGUCCGGUGAGAAGGAGCAGUCCUCCUCCUCUUCCUCCACUAAUCUUUUUGAGAAGUUCCUGUUGAACUGCGAGGCGAAGGACCGCGUUUCACGCCGACAGACGGUCCACACUACCACCCCAGGGGAGAGUAAAACCGACCAGAACAAGAGCACGACACCAAAGAAUGCAGGAAAGACUGAGAAAAAGGCGAAAGCUAUGAAGGAGUCACCUGCACAGAAACCAGAGUACGAUAAGGCUGAGAAGACCAAGGAAGGUUCACGACCAGGCCAGAGUCCCGUCGCCAUGGAAAUAGACGAGAAGCCGGAAAAAGUUAUCUGCAAAUCAGAGAAGAGCGACAGGCCGGAUGAUCUGGCGAGCAAGUCUAAGGAAGACGCGCAGCGUGAAAGAAAAGAGGAGGAGGAGAGGAAGAGGAAGGAGAGGCUGGAGGAGGAGGAGAAAAAGAGGAAGCUGAGGAUAGAAGAAACCCAACGCGAGCGGAAAGAGAGAACAGAGGAGGCGCCGAAGGAUAGACAGAGACUGACGGAGGAGGUGCGGCUCGAUAAGAGGGCCACUGGCGAGUCCAUGGCGUCUCCCGACUCCACGGAGGACAUGGGGAAAUGGAAGGAGAGGAGAAGGAAGAGGGAGGACAGUGAAUCUCGUCUCUACAUCGCCUGCGAUGACAAUCAGGACUCUCAGGACCCCAUAGAACGCUCUGACAAAACUCCUGAUAGGGGGCAGCCUACACUUAAUGUCGGGGUGGAACUGAAGCUUGAUUGGAUGACACUGGAAGACUUUCAAAGACACUUAAACGGAGAAGACGAGGUUCUCUCACCACAAGCUUUAAGUCCCUCUGAGCUGCGAGACGCAGUGAAAAACGGAAACUACCUGGCUGUGAAACGCGCACUCAAUUCCAAAGAGGACUACAACCUGGAUCAGGAGGACUCCAGUGGUAUGUCCCUGAUUAUGCUUGCUGCUGCGGGAGGGCAUGACGACAUCCUGCGACUGCUCAUCAAGAAAGGGGUGAAAGUGAACGGACGGCAGAAAAACGGCACUACAGCUCUCAUGCAUGCUGCAGAUAAGAACUUCUUGACUACAGUUGCCAUUCUCCUGGAGGCGGGGUCGUGUGUCAACGCCCAGACCCUGAGUGGAGAAACCGCCCUGAUGAAGGCGUGUAAGAGAGGAAACGCUGAUGUAGUGCGCCUCCUGCUGGAAUACGGGGCUGACUGCAACAUCCAGUCCAAGCACAAGACGACAGCCAUGCACUUCGCCAGUAACAAUGUUAUGGUACAUGACCUCAUCAAAGACCACGCCCACACGUUGUCCACAGUGGCAGAGGAGACAAUCAGAGCGUACUUUGAGACACGGCUGGCGGUGUUGGAGCCAGUGUUUCCUCUGGCUUGCCAUCGACUCUGUGAGGGCCCAGACUUUUCUCUGGAGUUCAAUUACAAACCCCCACAACACCCACCAGGAGAAGGUUCAGGUAUCCUGCUCUUUAUCUUCCACGCUAACUUCCUGAACGAGAUAACAGCCAGGCUGUGUGGACCAUGCAGUGUUCAUGCCGUCAUUCUAAAUGACAAGUUUCAACUGCCCAUCUUCUUGGACAGUCACUUUAUCUACUCCUUCAGCCCUGUUCAAGGACCUAACAAACUUUUCAUCCGUCUGGCAGAAGCACCCACAGCUAAGGUCAAACUUCUCAUCUGUGCAUACAGAGUUCAGCUACAAUGACUCCUCGUAGACUCCUUUUCCCAGGUCAAAGGUCAAGAGCAGUCCAGUCACCCGGUGAACUGAGCUGGACCCCUCUACGACCUCUCUUUGACUCACAAGUUCAGAGUGACAUGAGCAACAGAAAGCCAACGAAACAUCCUGAAAGAGGAACUGUUUAAGUUGUCCUGAGUUCUGUUGUAGAGCCUGGAAUGCAACAGACUCAGCUCACGUAUACAAACCGGUCGAAACCAGUCAAAUCCAGUUCUCCACUUACAUGUUCCGCCAAACGGUUUUGUGCAUUGAAGACUUUAAAAAGUUACUGGGGUGUGGUGGAAACUUAUAUUGGGGAGGCAUCUGUUCACAGACAGUUGAAAGAUGUUUUAAGGGAUUGUACCUAUAUAUUAUUAUUUGUAAAUCUUGUUUGUAAAAGAU